CGAAAUGGUUGUAAACAAAAUUAUAUUUUGAUCAUAUUUGGUGUCAUUCUUCAGAAGGAACGAUUAAAUUAAUUACAUGGAAUACGUUGGUACUUGGAAUUUAUUACCAAGUCCAGCCUUAUUGAGGAUAUUCUCGUAUUUAUGUGAUAAAGAUUUAUUAAAUGCUGGCAGAGUAUGUACUAAUUGGUUGAAUGUUUCAAAAUGUGAUAUAUUAUGGAGAUAUCUUUUCUAUCGUAAGUGGAAUGUGGUAAAACAGAUUUUACCCAAUAGUAAAAGCUGGUUAUCGGAGUAUAAACGUUUAACCUAUUGCACGCCUGUCGUAGAAACAGAGAUUUUGACAUUGCAUACUGAUCAAGUGUUGCAUGUUAAUUUUUCACAUGAUGGGAAGUUAUUUGCAAGCAGCUCUAAGGAUGGUUAUAUUAAGGUUUGGAAUUCUUCGUAUCCAUGUACAGUUCGUUAUAGCUUUGAUAUGAGAGUUUACAGUUGGGAUUAUACACAGUUUUCUCAAUUCAAUGAAUCAGAUACACUAUUACUAGUCUCUGGUGUUCAUUUUGGAAUGCAUACUGCUUCAGGAGAAAUUGCUGUUUUUAAUAUACAAGAGGAUUUUAGUCUUCAGUGCAGAGUUCUUAAUAAACCGUAUAAUGUGUUUGGUACAUGGUAUACUGAAACUUACCUGUUGUCAGGCCAUUUACAUUUUCUGGGUUCUUCAGUUUCUUGUUCAGUAUUGUGGCUAAAUAAAGCAUCUCAAGAAACAGAAUCAGAAAAGAAGCCAGUUGUUAAACAGUUAUUUAAGUUUUAUAAUAAAAAUGCAAGCUCUCUUCGAUCUAUUAUGGUUGCAAAUAGUCUUCUACCUUCAGAAGAAGGAAAUUCUAACAUACAAGAUGAUACAGAUAAUGAAAAAUGUAACAGUUCAGUUGAAAUACCAUUGUCUACCUCAUCUAAUGUUAUUACAUCAAAUCAUACAAGAGAUCAUAAUGAUGAUGAAAUAUGUCACUAUAGUUUGGAAGAUAAUUCUGAUAGUGGUAAUGAAAUGGAAGAUAAUUGUAGUCACACUUGCUUCGAAACAAAUGAUAAAAGCGAAAGGAUUGACUCUGUAACAUGUAAUUGCAGUUUGGAAGAUAGUCAUGAAAGUGAUAAUGAUAUGGAAGAUAAUUGCAAUAAUACAUGUAUUGAAACUAUUUUAGAUGAUAGAGAGAAAUUAUUGAUUUUUACUAUGGGAUCACUUACCUAUAUACCACAUCAAAUUGGUAUUAAAAAAAUAAAACCUUUUACAUUUGUUGAGAGAAUAGCAACAACACCAUCGUUAUCACAACGUUUAGCAGAACAUCAAGAAAGACUUCAGUUCCCAGAGCCUUCUCCUGAUUGGAAUGACGAAAAAAGUGUUAAUCAUUUAUUUGAUCAAGUAGACGUUGUGAUAGAAAUUCAUGGUCAUAUAAUUGGCAUGGGGCUAUCACCUGAUCACAGAUACUUACAUGUUAAUAGUAGAGCAUGGCCGAAAAACUAUAUAAUUGAAGAUCCAUUACAACCACCCCCUAUUGCUCAAGAAAUUGAAAUAAGAGUAAUUGAUUUAAUGACUUUUCAAGAGCAGGAAAUGACUUAUCAUUCACAUAGAGCAUACACUUCCGAAGAAGAAAUUUUCUUUAUAUUUUUGGAUGUUUGCAAACAAUACAUUGCAAGUGGUGCCGAAGAUAAACAUGCAUACUUAUGGGACAGAUAUUAUGGAAUGUGUAUUGGUAAACUACCACAUUUAGGAGUAGUGAACUCUGUUGCAUUUAAUCCUCAGAAUCCAGAAAUGCUAGUAACUGCCAGUGAUGAUUUCACUCUUAAAGUAUGGCGAUCAAAGAAUCAAAUAAACAAACUUGGAAUAAGCUGCUUCCUUGAUAGAUGAAAAUAAAUAAUAUGUAUACAUAU